AUCUAGUUCUGUCAUUUUGGAAGAUCACAAAUAUGGAUUACUUAAGUGCUGAAUUGGCUCAGGGCUUAAGUGAUGUUUCUAUUCCUUAUCCUAAGCCUCAACCUGCACCACCAGAUCGUCUUUCUUCUCAUAGUAGAAAUGGCAAUAAGGUCAUUAAUUUUCAUUCUUUGCAUAAAUAGGAUUCAAAAUUUUGUGAAGUUCAGUUUGGCUUGGAAGCAUAUUGUGAAUGGCUUUAUUGCCGUGGUUAAGUUUUGUGGUGUUUAUCAGUUACAUUUGUUUGGAUUGACUUAUUUGAACUUAUCUACUCGUACAUGUACUUGUGACUUGUGAGUCUGUUUUAAGAGAGCUUACGGAACAACUUAUAACAUGACCAUAAGUUGUUUUCAGGUUAUUUUCAUAAGCACCUAAGGAUAGCUUAUGAAAAUAAUUUAUAACUCAUUGCAAAACAAUUUUUUUUUUUAUUUUUUUUUAUUUUUAUCUUUUAUCAUAAAAUUGGCAUAUGCAUAAACACUUAUAUGACAAGGGUGUAUGUUGUGAUUUAGGAUCAUCUCAAUUUUCAAUUAUUUCCAUUUCUUCCAUUUCAAAAGUUUUUAAAUAUUUUGGGGUGUAUAAAAGUAAUUUCACCUCAUUUAAUGUCACACUUUUGCAUUUAUAUUUUCAAAACUAUAUAGUAAUGAAGAAAUGAAAAUAAUUGGAAAUGGAGAGGAUCUCAACUCGUAUGUUGUAGGUGCUUAAUUAAGAUGUUUAUCCAAACAAGUUAAGAUCCUCCAUUUUUGCCAUUACUAAUGUUUUGGGAAUAUAAAUGCAAUAAUGUGACUUUUUGUGGGUCCAACUAUUUAAUAUAUAUUUGAAAAUUAUUCGAAACUAUAGUGAUGGAGAGAGAUAAUGGAGAGGAUGCCAACUCUAUCCAAACAGGGCCUUAUCCCUUUAAUUUAGUUGUUCCAAUUUUGACUUCGUACAUAUAGAAUUUGAUUUGCAUAAUUGUUGAGAUAACAUAGCAAUAUUCAACUGUUGAAUGGUUGAAAUCUAAUAUGUAUGGAGUUAUUAAACAAAGUUACUAUAACAAGAGUUAGGUAUGAAGUAAGUGGAUCCCCAACCAUAUGUAUGCAGUGCAAGAAUAACAAGAACCUCAUGAGUUUUUUGGUAUGAUUUUGUGAUGUGAUCUUAUGUUCCAAGGAGCCAUAUCAUCACGAGAAUCUAGCCCCCAAUUAUUGACAAAGACUAAAGAGAACAAGUGAGCCACUUAUUGAGAACAUAAGGUAAAGUGCACAUGCAUAUGAGUUUAGCAGAUUUCUUGAGGAAGCUGUUUUCAAGAGAGGGCCGCUUUUCAUAUCUUCCAAAGGAGGAAUUGGAUGGACAUCCUGGAAGAAAAGGUGGUUUAUUUUGACACAAACUUCGCUUGUUUUCUUCAGAAGUGAUCCAAAUGUUGUUUCUCAAAAGGGAAAUGAAGUGAAUUUUACUCUUGGUGGCAUUGACCUCAACAAUUCAGGCAGUGUUUCUGUCAAAGCAGAUAAGAAACUUUUGACUGUACAAUUUCCUGAUGUUCCUGAUGGACGAGUAUUCACACUUAAGGCUGAAACUACUGAGGAUUUAUAUGAAUGGAAAACUGCACUUGAGAAUGUUAUGGCACAUGCACCAAGUGCUACUAAUGUGAUGGGGCAAAGUGGUAUCUUUAGGAGUGAUCAGGCUGAUUCACUCGGUAUCUAUUUGGACCAGUUGAAGGAUAAAGAAACAGUAAAAUAUGCAGUCCUUGGCCGGCCAAUUUUAGUUGCUUUGGAGGAAGUUGAUGGAACUCCAUCUUUUUUGGAAAAAGCCCUGAGGUUCGUAGAAGAGCAUGGAGCCAAAGUAGAAGGGGUCUUGCGGCAAGCAGCCGAUGUUGAAGAUGUUGAAAAUCGGGUGCGGGAAUAUGAACAAGGAAAAGUUGAAUUCUCUGAGGAGGAGGAUGCACAUGUUGUUGCUGAUUGUAUUAAGCUUGUAAUUCGUGAAUUGCCGUCUUUUCCAGUCCCAGCAUCUUGUUGUAAGGCGUUGUUAGAAGCUUCUCGAACUGCACACGGGAAUAGGGUUUCUGCUAUGCGUGCAGCAAUAUGGGACACUUUUCCUGAACCAAACCGUCGUUUGUUGCAAAGACUACUCCUCAUGAUGCAAGCAGUGGCUUCCCGAAAAGCUGAGAACAGAAUGAGCUCAUCAGCUGUGGCAGCAUGCAUGGCACCAUUGCUUCUUCGGCCCCUUCUAAUUGGUGAUUGUGAGAUUGAAAAUGAUUUUGAUGUAGGUGGGGAUGGUUCCAUUCAACUUCUACAAGCAGCUGCUGCAGCUAACCAUGCUCAAGCAAUUGUUAUUACUUUAUUAGAAGAAUAUAACAACAUAUUUGAGGAAGGUUCUUCAUCACCCGGCCCUGAUAUGUACAUGGAUUCAGAAGAUGAUGAAUCUGAGAGCGAGGAGGCUACUGAUGAUGAUUUGUCCUAUGAUGAUUCUUAUGAUGAUGAGCAAGAUGAAUCAAUAGAGGGGUCUGAUGUAGAUGAAGAUCUUGUUAGUGAAACCAACAGCGAGACCGGAGACUCUGCAGUUAAUGAUGAAUAUAAUGAUAAGGACCAUAAUAUUUCACAUUCAAGUUCAAACUCCUCACAGGUAAGUGAUUAUGUUGAAGUCGACCAAAAGUUAUCAACAAUGUCACUUGAAGUCUCAUUGCCUCAGUCUGAAGAUAUCAAAAGCUGUGAAAAUUUUGCAAGCCAAAAUAACAAUGCUUGUGCGAUGCCCUGUGAAAAUUUCACAAGCCAAAAUAAGACUGUUUUUGCAAAUGACUCCACUAAGCCCACUGAUAUAAUUGAAGGCAUAUCUCCUGACCAAACUACGGUGAAUCAAUCAAAUUCUCCUAGCUCUACUUCAUGUAUGGACAAAUCUAAUGGAAGAAUGCAUCGGCGCCGCACUGUUUUGAGGCGAAACUCUGGAAGCAAGAACCUUUCCAUGGAAUGCAUUGAUUUUCUAGAUGAUAAUGAAGCUGAAGUUGAGAGGCUUGAAGCUGUUAUGACAGAAUUGCAAUGCCAAAUUGCAGAGGAGGUAAAAGUAAAUGCAAAGCUGCAAUCUUACGUGGAAACCCGAAAGGAAGCCUUGCAAGAGCGUCGUCUAGUUCUUGAGCGAAAUGUAGGUAAACUACAUGAACAGUUGCUCAAGGAGAAGAGCUUUAGGGCAACUCUGGAAGCAGGACUAAAGUUUCCUCCAGAGACAUUAUCUGAAUUAUCUGAUAUUGACGAAAAGACCAAGACAGACUUUCAGGAAUUAGUGCUGAUAGAAGCAGAUCUUGCUAACUUAGAAUGGAAGGUUAAUGAGCUUGGGUUACGGCUUAAUGCACAACUUGAAUGGAGUUAUGGUUCCAUGCAAAGUUUCUUCGAUCAAACCCAACAGAUAUCAAGCCAUGAAAGAAAUUUGAAGAAUAGGCCGGAUACUGAAGGUUCAGCCAUUUCAGAAUUUGACAGAUCAAUAAGAAAGCAGAACAGUCAUUUUGUUGGAGCAGAAAAUGAGAAUGAGAGAAUACCAGAGUCAACACCGUCACCAAACAAACAUCCGCCUUGUUCCAAGAAAUCUGUUACAAGGGUUGAGGGUGCAAAUUCCACUACUUCUACAAUUACAAGACUGACAUCCAAACUAAACUUUUUGAAGGAUCGUCGUAGUCAGUUUUCUAGUCAACUCCGAAACAUGAGUAAAGAAAAAGGAUUUGAACUUCAGCUUCCACCUCCAUCUCCCAACAAGUCUCGAGGAUUUGAUUUUCACAUAUCACUUCGAUCCCCAAAUAAGUCUCGAGGAAAUGAACGUCACUCACCACUUUCAUCCCCCAAUAAGUCUCGAGGGUGUGAAUUUUACAUAUCUCUUAAAUCUCCAAAUAAGUCUCGAGGAUCUGAGAAUCAUUCUCCACCAAACCCUGAGAAAGUUAGAGGCAAUGAAGAUCAAUCACUUGGAAUCUCGGAUAUUCAGAGAAAUUGAGAAAAUCAGAUAGCAAGGCCAUAUCACCCAGAUUGUCAGAAUGAAUAUGCACAAUUAUACUUGAAAAGAGGAAGGUCGGAAGGGCAAUAACAGCCUCAUAAUGUUCAUAAAGGUCAAUUAUUUUGCGGCCAAUAUUUUUUUACACUGCAAAUUCCAGAUGAUAGAAAGCCACUGCAAUUGUUCAGCAUUGUUUUUUCCAAGUGGGGCAACACUAAUUGCUAUGCUUUCAACAAUGUUUUGUUUGGUUAUGAAAUACAGAAAAAAGAUCUAUGAACCCCAAAAUAUAGGAUGAUGUAUAGGGCACGGUUCAAUUCAAGCAUCCCCUUGACAUAAGCCAAACUAUUUGUUACAUAACAUGCUGAUUUUUUUUUUCUUUCUAGCUUCUUGACGAGCAUGAUGGUUCUAUUAUUACAUUACAAAUGCAUUAGUAUGACUUGUAUGGCCUAAGCUUGCAUUUGCAGAUCAAUUUCCUUUGGUCUGAAAUAAUAGAGCAAAAAUUUCAGAUUGUGUGAAUGGCAUGUUUUGUUCAGGUUA